AUGAAUUCCCAAACUUAUCAUUACAAACAUAAGCACAAGAAUAAUAUUUACUACAGGUGCGGUGUGCGCAAGUGCAAAAGACGUAUAACCUAUAACAGGGAAACAGAUGAAAUCAUUGUAACUCAGCAGCACAAUCAUGAUCAUGAUACUGCAAAAUCAACUAACGCUUUUUCGGCAAUGAUUUAAGUUUUAAGUUUAGGUUUAGGUUUAAGCUUAAGUUUAUUGAAUUUUUCUCUUCAUGUUGAAUGCCUUUUAAGUCUUCAUUCUUGAGGUUCAGCUACGAUAACAACUCUCAAUAAUAGUAGGUAAACCGGCCUAACCGUCGAACCGUUAAAGCUAUCAAGCCCUUCAGUGCCAGCCUCACACAGGCCAGCCUCUCAAGAAGUUAGACUUCUCUCACUGAGUUUGGUUUAUGGACCCAGCCUGGUGGAUCAGAGGACUAAAGAUCCGUCCAUAACUACCAUUUACAUAUUGUGGCAAUGAUUAAAAUAAUCUACCCAAUUAUCGAUUCAUCAUUGGGUGGAAUCGAUGUGAUAAGUGCAGAAAAAAUCCGCGCUUAUGGAAACCAUAAUAAUUUAACUCUUGAAGCUUCAACUGGGAGCUGGCUUUUUGAGUAUAAAGAAGAUCCUGAAUUAAUGAUUAAUGACGGCAGUUCUAUAGAAGAAAACGAUGCUUAA